GUACAAAUUGAAAUCAGUAUACCGUUUAUACAAUGAAAAUUAUGUAUGAGAAUACGGACUUUUUCCAAUAAGAUAUUUGCGACUGUGUGAGUACAAGCUGGGAAAACCACGCGGAAAUUCUACUGGAUUUUUCCAAUACACAUAUAUUGAUAUCGAUUAAUGCAGCAGGACUUUGUUACUAUUUAUAGAUAUUGUUAUUAUUUCUUCUUUGUUACGUUGCAGCUUUCAUAUCGGUUUGAAACAAAACAUCUUGGUUCACAAUUGACUCUACAGGUCGUUAUGCCACAACAGAAAGAGAAUGGUAUUCUACAAGCUGUCCUAAAAUUAACAUCAUCGUUUCCCCCACAUCAGUAAGGUUGCACAUUCUUUCCUUUUUUCAAACAUAUUUUAUUAUGGGUGCGAAAAACAGUGCAAUUAGAAACCAUGCGGAGUAUAUUGAAAAUAAUCUCAAUGAUAUAAAGUUUAAUAUCAGUGAAGAAGAAGUGCAAUAUAUUCAAAAUGGAAUUGAAACUCUGGUUACUGAUAUUGCUGAUUACGUGUACGAUAAAGCAAGAGAAAAAAUAGAAGAGCUACAACAAGAACUGGUACACGAUUGUAAAAGUAUAAAACUUAUUGAGCAAACUACUAGCGAUAGAUUAGUAAAAGUUGGCAGCUUUUAUGAUGGAACAAAGAAUCAUUUUCCAGAUGAGUUUGAUUUCAUUUUUAUCCUCGGGACAUUUCAAACAUCUGAUCGAUGUGCGCUAUUACAUUUUCUUCCGCGUAGAUAUGAUGACUAUUUUUAUGAACGUUUAAGGUUGUUGGAUAUUUUUACUUACACGAAGUUACCUCGAAAGUGCAUCUAUACCGGUAACCCAGACGGUUCUUUUGGUAGCAUCCAUUUUGUUGGCACAAUUGGUGAAACGGGCCCUGCACUAAAAUUGCACUUUUCGUACACAAGCAUUGAAAUCAAUGUGGACAUAGUGCCUGUAUUUAACAUUAAUGAUUCAUUUUUAAGUGAAAGUGAAUUAAACGAUAGAAAUGUCUGUUCUAUUCCUGAAUUCAACAGAUACAUUGCUGAAACCGGACGUUACGUAAUCGUAGAUGGCGGAAUUGCCUCAUUUACCAUAGCAGAAAAAAGAUUCAUCAAUGAACAUCUUUCGCCAUAUCACAGAGAAGUGUACAAGCUGGUAAAACAUCUGAUCAAUGGGAAGGAUAAAAAUGAGAGAUUUAAAUAUUAUUGCAAAAGCAAAUCUCUCCGAAAUCUAGAUAUAUCUUCCUUCACCAUUAAAACCACAAUAAUUUCUCACCACUUCGAGUGUACAUACGAUAAGGAGGGAGACCGAUGGGAACAUGUUGAUGUAUGUGCUGGACGAAUUAUAUUGGACCUGAAAAAGAAUGUUUCAAAUUGUUGCAGGAGGCAUAUUUUGUCAGACGUGGAAAACAGAAACAACAAAAUCUAUGAAAACAGUACCGAAACCCGUGAACAACGGGACAGGAUUGAAGAACGAUCUGAGCAUAAAUCAUUUAGAUCUUUUGGCAGCAGGUAUCUAUUUGUGCUUGGAAAAUCUUUGGAUCCAAGACCGGGGACAGGAUGGGAAUACAUGUACGACGACAUAGACAAGAGUUAUUUGCAGCAUAUGCUAUCUAACAGAGAACGGUUCAUGGGUAAAGAUGAUCCUUAGCAAAGAAGCUAUGUAGUUGACUUCUGUAUGCAAAAUAAAGAAAUGCGAUAAUUAUUCGUAAUGUAUACUUGAUAACAGAGACAACUUGUUUGGGAUAGAUGAACCCAAAUUAGCUGUAUAGAUGACUACGAUGUGCAUAAAUAAAAGCAAACUAAUAUUAUUCACUUAUAUGAUAGAUAACAGGUAACAGUUUAUGUGUAAAGGUGAACGCAUAAGCUAUAUAAUUGCCUGCGGUUUGUGCCAAUAUAGACGGACAAGGGUUAUUCGCUUUAUAUGCUAGAAAGAAAAGAGAAAAACUCUACGGUAAAGAACAAUCCGUAUAACUUAUGUAGUUGACUACGAUAUCCAUACACAUAUGUGUCAUUCGCCAUAUAUGCUAGAUUAUAGAAAAGUUAUGGGACAAAUAUUUACCUAUACCAGCUAUGUAGGUGACUAUGGUAUGCAUCUAUAAAAAGAGAUAGGUGUUAUAAAAAGUAUUUGAUUCAGAGAACAAACUCUAAUAAAAAUGAUGUCUACAGAGUUAGUUAAAACAAAAUAAAAGGAAAAAUGACCAUGUUAUACUUUUUUAACGUGACGCAUAUUACAUAUAUGUUUGAUAGAGACAUGUGUUGCCAAGUAAGCUUGUGUGGUAUCCCAGAGAAAAGAGAUAGACGGAAAGUCUCAUUCUGCAUUCAGCUGCUUUACAAAAGAUGGGUGGUUCGUGUAUAAAUUAUUGCUUGGUGAGGUACUGGGGAGAAGAGUUACACUGAAUAUAAUUUUACGUAUGUUGCGAUAAAGUGUUAUAAAGUUUUCUAAAUAAAUAUUCCGGUUUUGGUAUUAAAACAUGACUUGAAUAAUACACUGAAGGUCGUUGCUCAUGAUCUUACCAGUUAUGUUGAGACGAUCUAGCAGGAUAAAAUUUAAUUGAAAAAAGGAGUGCCUCAUGUACAGUACCUUAUGUUUUUAAAAUUAAACAAUUAUGUAGUACUGUUCAAAUUUUCAAAUAUGAACUGGAUCUAUUUACUAUACCAUUAAAUAUGCUCGAGAAUACAACAGAAGAAAAUUGAUAAGCUAUUCUCAGUGACUAUAUAUUUCCAAUAACAGACAAACAUUACACAUCCGCGACAGAGCGAGUUCAAGCUCGGAAAACCACGCAAAAAUUCCAGUGGAUUUCCCCAAUAUUGAUAUCGAUUAAUACAGUUAUACAGCAGGAAUGUAUCUGAAUGGAUAUUUGUAGUUUGUUGUUAACAAUGUUUACGUUGCAACUUGCAUAUCGCUUUGAAACAAAUUUACUCUAAAGAUCGCUUUGGAAAAAACAAAACGAAAAUCAAAGAUCAAAGUCUACAAAAUUGAAAUUCAUGUUUAUAAUGAUCAAUUGACAUAUCCGUUAACUGCAGAUCUUUUCUUUUUUUUUUUUUUUUUUUGCUCAAAAUGGUUUGAUAUGGGUGGAAGAAACAGUGCAAUAGCAGAUCACGCAGCGUAUAUGAAACGGAAUUUAAAUGAAAUCAAAUUCAACAUCACAGAAGAAGAAGCACAGUUUAUUCAAAGCGGAAUUGAAACACUAGUAACUGGCAUUAUUGAUCAUAUAUGCGAUAGCUCUAAAGCCAAACUAAAGAAACUUAAAAAAGAAUUAGUGGUAGAUGUGGAGAGAAAUUCGCGGUUUGGGCGGAGAGAUCUUGAAGGUAUUAAACUUACAGAACAAACUGAAUUUGAAAGGUUGAUUAAAGUUGGUAGUUUUUAUGAGGUAACUAAGAAUCAUUUUCCUGAUGAAUUUGAUUAUGUUUUUGUCAUUGGUACAUUUUGUGUCAUAAAUCGAUGUGCGGUACAUUUUUUCCAGACAGGGUUUGACCGAUGGUUGACUGAAGGGUAUGGCUAUGACUUGUUAGACAUAUUUACUGGCAUUACCUUCUUAGACCAACGCAUAUAUCAAUCUGAUGAUUCCUUACGUAAACUUCAUUUUAUGAAAAUUAAGGAAGAAGAAAGCGGACCUGCCCGAAAAGUUCUGUUUUUGUAUGAAAACAUAAAUGAACAUAAACAAAUUAUCAGUGUAGAUAUAGUUCCUGCAUUUAAAAUUUAUGAUCCAUUUCUAACUAAAGAUAUUCUGGGAUAUAUUCGAACUUGUUCUGUUCCUAAAUUUAAUCGAUUUAUUUCUGAAACCGGAAGUUAUAUAAUAGUAAAUCGUGGCAAAAUAUCAUUUACUGAAACAGAAAAAGGAUUCAUUAAAAAUGUUCUUUCACCUGAUCACAGGAUUGUGUACAGACUGGUUAAACACUUGAUCAACGGGAAAGAUAAAUCCGAGAUGUUUAAAGAAUACUGCAUUGUGAAUGGUGUCAGGAACCUUGAUAUAUCUUCAUUUACUAUUAAAACUACUAUAAUUGCUCAUCAUUUCCGGUGUGUAUAUGGAACACAGGAAAGGACACGUGAAUACAUACAUAUAUGUGCGCGAGACAUUUUGUUGGACCUGAAAGAACAAGUUACACUGGCUCAUAGGAGGAAUAUUCUAUCUGAUAUUGAAGCCAGAAAUAAUAAACUUUACGACCGAUACUACAGUGACAGUAACUUUAUAAGAGUUAACAAGCCAUCUAAGUACAAACUGUUACGGAGGGUUGGCACAAAAUAUCUGUCUGUGCUUGGUGAAUCGUUGAAUCCUUCACCAGGAACGUCAUUACGUUACAUGUUCAAAGACAUAGACAAGAGUUAUUCGCAGUAUAUGCUCGAUAAAAGUGAACGGUUCUUUUGGUAGGCAGAUAUUAUAAUCAUAGCAGAUUUAUAUAGCGCAAUUUUCAUGAUUAACACGUGCAAAGGCGCUUGACAAGGCACAAAAGCAGCUACUCGAUCGUGAGAAAACUUUUUUGAAACUCACGCGAUGAAAUAAAAUUCUUA